CUCAACCAGUUAACAGGAAAAACUGGGUCAGUUGAGUGGAAAAAAAGAUGGGGGAGGAAUAGAAAGCAGAUAGGCAGAGAUGAUAGGAGGGGUUAAAGACCGAACAUAACGCUUUACCCUAUCUCCUGUCUGUCGUAUUUUACAGCACAAUAUUUCGGGGACCGUGAAUUUCUCAAGAGAUUAUUGGGUCCUAACUCACAGUCCAGUCAAAGCCAGAAAACACGCGAUCCAGAGCUUUAAAUGAGCUUGGACACUUCUCAUUUUAGGACGAACAUCCAGAGAUAACAACGGGGGAACAUCAUGGUUGAUGCAUCUGCAGGAAGGACCUUGUGCGCCUGCGGUUUGUGUUCCCUGUGCUGGUCGGCUUGCAGAUAACCAGUGACUGUAACAUGAGGACCGGUGGAGAAUGACAUCUUAUCCUGAGGGUUGUUACCGAAAGCCAGAGAAAAUGAACGGGGUGAACGGAUACGUGAUCAUUUAUUUAGUGUCCAUGAUUAGUUUCUGUGCAGCAGAGGCUUUGAACAUCUCAGCGGCGGACGGAGACGGAAGAGAGAACGGGACCGAGGCAGAUGGUGGCGGCUCGGUUCCCGUGGUGCUCACCAAAGUUAGCCAGAUCAUCGCCCGUGAGGGAAACUGUGCUUUAAUUGACUGUAACAUCACCGGCGACCCUUUUCCAAAUAUCCAGUGGUUCAACUCGCACGGACACUUGCUUGACACUACGAGAAGUGAUGGUAAAUGGUGGAUUCUGGACAGUGGCGUCCUCAACAUCACCAGUAUCACGUUCGCAGACCGUGGCAAAUACACGUGCGUGGCCUCCAACACUCACGGCAAGGCCAACUGCACGGUGACGCUGCGCGUGGUCUUCACCACUGGAGAUAUGGGCGUGUACUACAUGGUGGUGUGUCUGGUGACGUUUACCAUCAUCAUGAUUCUGAACAUCACUCGCCUUUGCAUGAUGAGCAGCCACCUGAAGAAAACCGAAAAGGCCAUCAACGAGUUCUUCCGCACGGAAGGUGCGGAAAAGCUCCAAAAGGCCUUCGAGAUCGCGAAGCGCAUUCCUAUCAUUACCUCAGCAAAAACGCUGGAACUAGCGAAGGUCACGCAGUUCAAAACAAUGGAGUUUGCGCGCUACAUCGAAGAGCUAGCACGAAGCAUACCGCUCCCGCCGCUGAUCAUGAACUGCCGCACCUUCAUGGAGGAGAUUCUCGAGGUUGUCGGCGUGGAGGAAAUGAGACACACUUUCGUCCGACAAGCGCCUGAGAGUCACGGUGCAGUGGCUGCAGGCGCUUCCGGCGAUGUUUUUACCAUCCUGCGCGAACGAGAGCGGGCGAGGGAGAGGGAACGCAGCGAUUCUCCCGCCGCGGACUCGGACGACGCGUCGCUUCACGAGCAGCCUCAACACAUAGCCAUUCAGGUUUCGGUUCAUCCGCCGUUAGCUGCAGCAGGAUGCUGUAACAUGGAAGCUCCGCCUCUUUCCAAAGUAGUCCCCUCCCCACCCCCAUUGGCUCAGCUGCCUCUGGAGGCGGAGUCUGAGGAGAAUGAAAACAAGGCAGAGCCUGUGGAAGGGGGUGAUGCUACACAGAAAACCCAAGUCAUUUAUGAAAGCCAUGUGUAAUAUCCUGAAGGAAGGAUAAUGACCUCGCUAUGCAUUUUCUUGGGGAACGAAAAGGUCAAGGUUUGUUUGUUUUUUUUUUCUUCUCAGAAGUUGCUUUCUAUUAGUCAUCUUAGGAAAGAUGAAGAAUAGCUGCGUUUGGGUGAAUCUCGCAAAACUCAAAUACCUGGGUCAUAUUUUACCUUAAAAAUUAAUUGAGUGUGUUUUGCAUAAAACAGCCCAUUUUUCAUAGGUUUUAUAACAUCAACCCUUCAAGCUUUUGUAAUUCAUAAAAUGUUCUUAUUACUGUACAAAUCACAUUUAAAAUAUUAAAUAUUUUAAAAAAGCAAAUAGAACAAAAUUAAAAUAGUAAAUAAUACAAAAAGUAAAUAAAAAAAAAAAAAAAAGAAAUAUAUUUUGCAUUAAAGUGAUGAUAAUUUGUGGGCCAAAUAUGCUUAAAAAUUGAUGCUUAUAUGCUUAAAAAUUAACAAUCCCCAAAAUGUUUUUUCUUCUUGGGGUAAAAUAUAACCUUGAUGUUUCUUUUGUAAGAUUGACCUGUUUAUUAGUUAUAUUUCCCAUGACAAUGAAUACUCAUGCUGAAUGUAUUUUGGGCGAAGUUCUCUAUUUAUUUAGAAAAUCCAGGUUUGCCCAUGAUUAUUAUUAUUUUUUUUUUUUUGCAUAAUUAUCAGAAACUAGGGCUAUUGAGGGAUACAAAGCUCACAUCUUGCGUCUUAAUCGGCAGACAGAAAGUACACCGUAAAGAAAAAAAAAAAACAAUUUGUUGAGUCAACUUAAAAUAAAUAUUUACCCUGCUGCUAUAACAUUUUAGGUCAACUCAAAUAAUUUAGGUCAACUUUUGAUAAACUUAAAAACUGGGCUUGUUACCCAGCUGCCUUAUAUAAUUGAGUUGAUUCAACUUAAAAUUUUAAGUUGUCACUUAGUACAACUUAACAUUUCAAGUUGACUAAACUUUUUUUGAGGCGACUGAACUUAAAUUUUUUGAAGGCAGCCAGGUAACAAAUUAUUUUAAGUUGACUCAACAAAUUGUUUUUUUACAGUGUAGUAGUUCUUGGAUGUAGUUACGGAUGAUCCAUUUCACGAAUGAAUGAGAACGAACGACUGAUUAAUACAUUUGGCUGAAAGUAAAACACUGUUUGAGGCUGAAGUGCAUUUUUCAUUCAAUAGAAAUCAAACAUCUUUGAAAAUAGUGAUGUGCACAGUAAUUUCGACGAUCUCACUCCCUCUUCUAAUGCAUGAAGAAUGCAUGUCGAUCAGUUUUCAAUGCUGGACUCGGAGAGACAAAACCUUUGUUUGUGUGAUCUUGUCUGCUAUGUGUUAUUUAUCAUUUGUGUCAGGUAAACAUGGCGUUGACACUUUGAAUAACAUUGUAGAAAUUUUUGAGAUUUCGAGGCAUUUUAUUCAGAUGAGUAUCCACUGGAGUCUUUAUACUGUUACUGUAAUUAAUGAUAGUAUUAUUACUUCACUAGUAGUACUAAAGUAAGUAUUACUUUUGAUUUCAAAUGCACAGCUAGGUUUCUUUCUUUUGAGUGUUUUUGUUUUAUUUUAACCUGUCUUUUUGAGCAAAGAGUUCUUUAUAACAGAGCCCCAUUAAUAAUGAUAAUGAUUAAUCUCUUCUGAUGUCCCAGAAACACUGGACAUACAUAGUUUUGCUUAUAAAGGCUCACCUUUUAGUUUUAGCGCAAACAAUUUAGAAUUUUUCAAUGUUGAUCUUGCUUUUCUGGGACUUUAAAUCCGGAGUAAGCUAUCAGUCCACUGCACUGCUGAUAGCUAGCUAAACAGGUUAAGCACUAGUCUUUACGAAUGUUCCUGGUCAGGAUUGUCAGAGGAAGCGAUGGCCACGGUGCUCUUCGAAACACUGUUUUUUUUUAAGUAGUGAAAUAAAGCUGCUGUGUACCCAUGA